ACCAACAGAGAAGUUCGAAAAAAGAAAUGUCAGAAAAAGAUCCGCCACAAACAACAAAACCGAGAGUCGUGUGCUGCAUCGGCGACAUCCACGGCUUCGACACCAAGCUCCGAAACCUCUGGUCCAACCUCGAGUCCCAAAUCGGCGACCCCGCUUUCCAAACCGCCACCGUCAUCUUCCUCGGCGACUACUGCGACCGCGGCCCCAACACCCGCCAAGUCCUCGACUUCCUUGUAUCGCUACCCUCGAAAUACCCGCACCAAAAGCACGUCUUCCUGUCGGGAAACCACGACCUCGCCUUCGCGGCGUUUCUGGGGCUCCUUCCGCCGCCGAGAGACGGGUCGGAGUUCUCCGCCGGAUGGAGGGAGUACGAGGAGAACGAGGAGAGAGAAGGAUGGUAUAGGGAUGAUGGGUACGAGAGAAUGUACUUGCAAGGGAGGAGAUGGGCUGGGAAGAUCAAGGCCAAGUUUAAUGCCGCCAAAGGGACCGAGUAUCAGGGCUCGAUUUACGAUGCGGGCCCCACUUUUGAAUCUUAUGGUGUUCCU